GAAUUCAUGUGUCAAAAGUUCAAGUCCGUUUGAUGAACAAUAGCGGCAUGAGAUCGAAACUGACAACCUAUGGUCGAUCAAUAAAGAGUUUCUACUUGUUCUCAGAGUUCAGAUGAUCUCUUCAUGAUCUUGGUGUUGGUUUAACUUGCUGAAUUCCAACCUAUGAACAAUCCCGAAAGAAGUCUUACAAAACUCAAGAUGGUAUAUUUUCACCGUAUAGGAGGAAAGAAUUCUUUGGAAAGGAAAAGAAUAGAGAGAAAAAAAAAAGAAUCACAAUCUUGAUAGCCUGUCUUUUGCAAUAUCCAAAGCAAAAAAAAUAAAGGCCUCAUAACAAAUUUUAAUUAUGAUUUUUAUUUUUUAAAGAUAAGUGAUAAAAAUAAGAUUUGAAUUUAGGAUCUUACGAUAUAUUAUCAAAAUUAUUAUUAUUAUUAUUAUUAAUUAUGAUCCGUCUUUGAAACUAACUUUUGGUUAUUAAAAAAAGAAAAAAAAGAAAAGAAAAAGGAAAUUAAGUCAGAAGCCCACUUGUUGAAGUAGAAGUGGUUUGGGUGCGAAACGAGUGGCCCUUCCCUCACUCUCUGUUUGCUUAAAAAUGGCUUUUUUAAGCCAGGGUCGCCACCGCAUUCCCCAUCCCCUUCCCCUGGCCUACAAACCCUACCGACCCUCCUCUCCCUCGCCCCAGUUCUGCCGUAAUCGCGUCCCUCUUUCCCCUCUCAAACCUUUCAAGAAUAUCUGGUCGGUCCAUGAAUCAUUUUCCCUCUCCCAAUUCGCGAUUCCUGUUCUCCGUUUCCGCCCUAGGAUUUCGGUCGGCGACGCUGAGGAGUGCGACCAUCGAGAACUGGGAGAUGGGGGCGGGAUUUUGUUGGGUUCCGAGGAUCUGGGGGAUGAGAGCCAAGUGUUCAAGAAGACCCUGCGGCUGGUGGAGUGCGCCAUGUUCGCGUCCGUCGCUGGCCUCGCCUACUUCUUGAGCAACUCUCUUGCUAUCGAGAAUUACUUCAGUUGUUUCUUUUCCUUGCCUAUAGUGAUCUCUUCAAUGAGAUGGGGAGUGGCAGCCGGCAGAAAGACCAUGGUGGCUACAACUAUGCUAUUGCUUACUCUAUCAGGUCCAGUUAAAGCAUCUACGUACAUGCUUAUGCAUGGAGUAGUUGGUCUGGCUAUCGGCACUCUGUGGAGACUUCGUUUUAAUUGGGUUACUUCGAUUGCUCUUUGCACACUUGUUCGUGCACUGGGGGCUGUUGGAUAUGUCUUGUUAUCGUCAUUCUUAAUUAGAGAAAACAUACUUGCCCUGAUCACAAUCAACAUUCAUGCUUCUCUAACAUAUAUACUCACGGCUAUGGGAGUGAAUACAAUCCCAUCGAUGAAUGCCAUAUAUUUAAUCUUUGGUAGCUUGCUCCUCCUGAACUGUGGAUUCUUUGUUCUCUUGCUGCACAUUCUAUAUGCAAUAUUUCUUGCCAAGCUGGGACUAAAGGCUUCUUUGACACUUCCAGCAUGGUUGGAGAAUGCAAUCUAACAGCUGCAGACAACUCUAGUGGCUACAUUAUAUGUGUCCACAAUAUCCUUGUAUAAUUCAUUCUUCAAUGUAACACAUUCUCAUUGCCAUACUUGAUUAGUACAGGUAGAAGACAAAAUCUUAAAUGUCACACUGGUAGUCACUGUUUUGGGUUAAAUUCUAAAGCACCAUGUAAAGGAGGGUGUGCUAAAUGCUGCCCUCACUGUUCUGUCAA